CUCUGGUGUGAGAGGAGGCGGGGCUCUAAUCGUGGACGCCCGCCGAGGGUCCGCAGAUGGGUGGCAGGGCGGGAGAAUCACCCAGCAGGCAAGGGUGGUGCGGGGAGGCGAGGGUUCGUGAGGGUAGCAGAGGGCCUGUUUGGGGUGAGAUAAGAGACUGGGCUAAGGCUGUGCCGGAGGGCCGAGCUCUAGAAGGGAGCGGCUAGAACUUUGUGUGAUGGCAGAGAUGCGCUCCAGCUGUGCUGUCCGGCAUGGCAGCCAUUAGCUACAUGUGGUCGCUGAGCCCUUGAAGUGGGGCUAAUUGAGCAACUGAAUUUUUAAUUUUGUUUAAAAGAUUGGUUUACUUAUUUGAAAGACAGAAAAGAGAGAUCUUCCGUCCACUGGUUCACUCCCCAAAUGGCCGAAACAGCUAGGGCUGGACCAGGCUGAAGCCAGAAGCUUCAUCCAGGUCUCCCCCACGGGGCAGCAGGGACCCAAAUGCUUGGGUCAUCUUCCGCAGCUUUCCCAGGCGCAUUAGCAGGGAACGGAACGCCUCCAGGAGCACGGACUGCCCAUGGGAGAUGAGGGAUGGCGUCCAAGGGGGCCGGCGUGCCUCUCUCCCGCAAGAGCUAUCGGCUGACCUCGGAGACGGAGAGGCCCAGGGUCACAGGCAUUGUGCACGAGAAGCUGCUGAAUGACUACCUGCACCGCAUCUUUUCCUCUCCUGACCACGCGACGCCCACAGCCACCAGCAGGAAACCCUUGAACUUCCAGAACCUUCCAGAACACCUGGACCAGCUGCUGCAGGUGGACAGUGAAGAUGAAGAAAGCCAGGGACAGGUUGAAGGGCGGCUCGGCCCAUCCACCGUGGUCCUGGACCACACGGGUGGCUUUGAAGGGCUUCUCCUUGUGGACGAUGACCUCCUGGGGGUGAUUGGACACAGCAACUUUGGCACCAUCCGCUCUACCACGUGUGUGUACAAAGGGAAGUGGGUCUACGAGGUGCUCAUCUCCUCGCAGGGGCUCAUGCAGAUCGGCUGGUGCACCAUCAACUGCCGCUUCAAUCAGGAGGAGGGGGUGGGCGACACACACAACUCCUACGCCUAUGAUGGCAACCGGGUGCGCAAGUGGAACGUGACCACCACAAAUUACGGCAAGGCAUGGGCAGCGGGGGACAUUGUAAGCUGCCUCAUCGACCUGGACGAUGGCACUCUCUCCUUCUGCCUAAACGGUGUGUCGCUGGGCACCGCCUUUGAGAACCUGUCCAGGGGUCUGGGGAUGGCCUACUUCCCUGCCAUCAGCCUCUCUUUCAAGGAGUCCGUGGCUUUCAACUUCGGCAGCCGUCCGCUGCGCUACCCUGUGGCGGGCUAUCGGCCCCUGCAGGACCCCCCGUGUGCUGACCUGACGCGGGCACAGAGGCUGCUGGGCUGCUUCCGGGCAGUGCUUAGCGUGGAGCUGGACCCCAUGGAAGGGCGGCUGGUGGAGAAGGAGAGCUCUGAGUGGCAGUUGCAGGGCCAGCCCACUGUCCUCCUCACACUGGCCCACAUCUUCCAUCGCUUCGCCCCGCUCCUGCACCAGGUGUACUUGGUGGAGGCUGUGCUCAUGAGCUUCCUGCUGGGCAUCGUGGAGAAGGCCACACCCGCACAGGCGCAGUCGGCGGUGCACCAGAUCCUGGACCUCUUGUGGCUCUUCAUGGAGGACUACGAGGUACAGGAUUGCCUCAAGCAGUUGAUGAUGUCUCUGCUGCGGCUGUACCGGUUCUCGCCCAUCGUCCCGGACCUGGGCCUGCAGAUCCACUACCUGCGGCUCACCAUCGCCAUCCUGAGACAUCAGAAGUCCCGCAAAUUUCUGCUUAGCAACGUCCUCUUCGACGUGCUCCGGUCAGUGGUCUUCUUCUACAUCAAGAGCCCCCUGCGCGUGGAGGAGGCCGGCCUGCAGGAGCUCAUUCCCACCACGUGGUGGCCCCACCGCUCCAGCAGGGAGGGCAAAGACAGCGCGGAGGACCGGGCGGAGGCCGCGGAGGAGCGGCCCCGCCGGAGGGCCUACGAACGGGGCUGCCAGCGGCUCAAGAAGCGCAUUGAAGUGGUGGAAGCCCUGCAGGUCCAGAUCUUGAAGCUGCUGCUGGACAAUAAAGAUGACAAUGGGGGUGAAGCUUCUAGGUACAUUUUCCUGACCAAGUUUCGAAAGUUUCUGCAAGAGAACGCCAGUGGCCGGGGGAACAUGCCCAUGCUCUGCCCCCCCGAGUACAUGGUCUGCUUCUUGCACCGGCUCAUUUCCGCCCUGCGGUACUAUUGGGAUGAAUACAAGGCUUCCAACCCCCGUGCUUCCUGCAGUGAGGAGGCCUACAUCCCACCCCAGGUCUUCUAUAAUGGCAAAGUGGACUACUUUGACUUGCAGCGCCUCGGGGGCCUCCUUUCACAUCUUCGGAAGACCCUCAAAGAUGACCUUGCUUCCAAAGCCAACAUUGUAAUCGACCCGCUGGAGCUCCAGGCGACCACCAUGGACGACCUGGACGAGGAUGAGGAGCCAGCCCCUGCUGCGGCCCAGCGCCCUGUACAGGCCCUCGCCGUGGGGGGUGCCCUGCCCCUGCCUCGGCCCGGCUGGCUCAGCUCUCCAACCCUGGGCCGAGCGAACCGCUUCCUCAGCACGGCAGCCGUGAGCCUCAUGACCCCACGGCGGCCCCUGAGCACCUCGGAGAAAGUGAAGGUCCGCACCCUGAGCGUGGAGCAGAGGACCCGGGAGGACAUUGAGGGCAGCCACUGGAACGAAGGCUUGCUGCUGGGGCGGCCCCCUGAGGAGCCGGAGCAGCCGCUCACCGAGAACUCGCUGCUGGAAGUCCUGGAUGGCGCCAUCAUGAUGUAUAAUCUCAGCGUGCACCAGCAGCUGGGCAAGAUGGUGGGUGUGUCUGACGACGUGAACGAGUACGCCACGGCCCUGAGGGACACAGAGGACAAGAUCCGCCGGUGCCCCAAGCGGAGGAAGGACAUCCUUGCGGAGUUGACCAAGAGCCAGAAGGUGUUCUCGGAGAAGCUUGACCACCUGAGCCGCCGCCUUGCGUGGGUGCAUGCCACUGUCUACUCCCAGGAGAAGAUGUUGGACAUCUACUGGUUGCUGCGUGUCUGCCUGCGCACCAUCGAGCAUGGCGAUCGCACGGGUUCUCUCUUUGCUUUCAUGCCCGAGUUCUACCUGAGCGUGGCCAUCAACAGCUACAGCGCUCUUAAGAACUACUUUGGCCCUGUGCACAGCAUGGAGGAGCUCCCAGGCUACGAAGAGACCCUCACACGCCUGGCCGCCAUCCUUGCCAAGCACUUUGCCGACACGCGUAUCGUGGGCACUGACAUCCGAGAUUCGCUGAUGCAGGCCCUGGCCAGCUAUGUGUGCUACCCACACUCCCUGCGGGCUGUGGAGCGGAUCCCCGAGGAGCAGCGUGUUGCCAUGGUGAGGAGCCUCCUGGCUCCCUAUGAGCAACGGCCUUGGGCGCAGACCAACUGGAUCCUGGUGCGACUCUGGAGGGGCUGUGGGUUUGGGUACCGCUACACACGGCUGCCACACCUGCUGAAAACCAAGCCCGAGGAUGCCAGUUUGCCCAGCCUGCAGAAGCCCUGCCCCUCCACGCUGCUGCAGCAGCACAUGGCGGACCUGCUGCGGCAGGGCCCCGACGUGGCGCCCAGCUUCCUCAACAGCGUCCUGAACCAGCUCAACUGGGCCUUCUCGGAGUUCAUCGGCAUGAUCCAAGAGAUCCAGCAGGCUGCAGAGCGCCUGGAGCGAAACUUCGUGGACAGCCGGCAGCUCAAGGUAUGUGCGACCUGCUUUGACCUCUCGGUCAGCCUGCUGCGUGUCCUGGAGAUGACCAUCACCCUGGUGCCCGAGAUAUUCCUCGACUGGGCCCGGCCUACCUCUGAGAUGCUGCUGCGGCGUCUGGCACAGCUGCUGAACCAGGUGCUGAACCGGGUGACAGCUGAGCGGAACCUGUUUGACCGUGUGGUCACCCUGCGGCUGCCUGGCCUGGAGAGCGUGGACCACUACCCCAUUCUGGUGGCAGUGACGGGCAUCCUGGUGCGGCUCCUGGUGCACGGUCCGUCCUCAGAGACAGAGCGAGCCACGUCCGUGCUCCUGGCUGACCCCUGCUUCCAGCUCCGCUCCAUCAGCUACCUUCUGGGGCAACCAGAGCCCCCAGCACCUGGCGCUGCCCUGCCUGCCCCUGACCGGAAGCGCUUCUCCCUGCAGAGCUAUGCGGACUACAUCAGUGCUGAGGAGCUGGCCCAGGUGGAACAGAUGCUGGCGCACCUGACCUCCGCCUCCGCCCAGGCAGCAGCUGCUUCCCUGCCCACCAGUGAGGAGGACCUCUGCCCCAUCUGCUACGCCCACCCCAUUUCUGCCGUGUUCCAGCCCUGUGGCCACAAGUCCUGCAAAGCCUGCAUCGAUCAGCACCUGAUGAACAACAAGGACUGCUUCUUCUGCAAAGCCACCAUUGUGUCAGUAGAGGACUGGGAGAAGGGAGCCAGUGCCAGUGGUGCCGCCGCCGCCGCCGCCACCACCACCACCACCACCACCUCCACCUCCUCGGCUGCCUAGCCCACAGCAUUCUGGAACCUCCACCCUCGGACCCAGACCCCAGGCUGGGCCCUAUUUAUGAGCUCCCCUCACCCUGCCACCUUCCCUGCCACCUCCAACCUCCUAGCCUGUGUGCAGUCUGAUUGGUGGGAGCCUAGCCACGGCCCUAACUGUGCCUGAGCUGAACUAGGAGUCAGGGCCACAGCGAGCAUUAAAUUAUUAUUCCAGACA